CCCGCGCACGCGCCGUAAGCCAACGUGGGCGUGGCUGCGGGCUCAGGGGGCGGGGCGGCUGAAGGAGCGCGCUGCCAUGCAGGCCCACGGGGACCGCGCCGCGGCGCCCCACGUGUCUAUUAUCCUCCCGGUCUACAACGCUGAACUGUGGCUGGACGAGUGCUUGGAGUCUGUUUUGCAACAGGACUUUGAAGGCUCCAUGGAGCUCUCGGUUUUUAAUGAUGCUAGUAAGGACAAGUCUAUGACUAUCAUUGAGAAAUGGAAAGUGAAACUGGAAAACUCUGGUGUCCUCGUGGUCAUUGGAGGACAUGAUUCUCCUUCACCCCGAGGAGUCGGAUAUUCUAAAAAUCAAGCAAUAGCACAGAGCUCGGGGUCUUACCUUUGCUUUUUGGAUUCGGAUGACGUCAUGAUGCCUCAGAGGGUGAGAUUGCAACUGGAAGCUGCUGCCCAACACCCGACAAGUAUUGUAGGUUGCCAGGUGAGGAGAGACCCUCCCAACUCCACUGAGCGAUACACAAGGUGGAUCAACCAGCUAGCGCCAGACCAGCUUCUCACUCAGGUCUUUACCUCCAAUGGCCCAACUGUGAUCAUGCCCACCUGGUUCUGCUCUCGAGCAUGGUUCUCCUACGUGGGCCCAUUUGACGAAGGCGGGCAGGGUGAGCCGGAGGACCUGUUGUUCUUCUACAGCCACCUCAGAAAGGGCGGCGGGGUCAUCCGCGUGGACCAGAGCCUCCUCCUCUACCGCUACCACCCCAACGCGGCCACACACUCUGUCCUCGAGACCACCAUCUGGACCCAUCGCGUGCGCUUUCUGGAAGAGCGGGCGCUGCCGCACUGGGCCACCUUCACCAUCUGGAACGCGGGCAGGCAAGGCCGCCGGCUCUAUCGCAGCCUGACAGCCGGGAUGCGGCGCAAGGUGGUUGCUUUCUGUGACGUGGACGAGAACAAGAUCAGGAAAGGCUUCUAUUGCCAUGAAGACUCUCAGGAAAGGCCGAAGCCUCGGGUUCCGAUCCUGCACUUCCGAGCUGCACGGCCGCCCUUCGUCAUCUGCGUGAAGCUGGACCUCACCGGGGGUGCAUUUGAGGACAACCUGCGGUCGCUACACCUGCAGGAGGGCCGGGACUUCCUUCACUUCAGCUGAGGGCCUGGACAGCUGCCUCCAGGUGCGCCAAAGGCCCCCAGCAGCCACAGCCCAGGAGAGAGAUCGAGGGCGCCAGGGAGGGUGGCCAGCGGUCCCAAGAGGGAGCAGGCCAAGCGGGAGGUGGCACCGAAUGCGUGUGGGGCCGGCCCUUCACCCGGAGGGCACGCGCCUGUGUUUCUAACCAGGGUGUGGUGGACACGUGGUAGAAUGAGGGGCCGUGAGCACACGGCCUGAGGAGCGUGUCCCUGACCGUCUGUGGGGCGCAUACUCUCCUCUGCCGCUGGGGGCCCUGCGCCGCCGUCACCCAGUGUGUCUGUCCCGCCAGGAGCUCGUUAGCUCACGCUCCUGACGGACCCUGUGCCACGAGGACAAACGCUGCUGGGGGCUGCAGUCCGGCUGUCUGUGUCCCUCUCAGGCCAACCCAGGGGCACGGUUCGCGUGUGACUCGGUUAGAGAUGUGGAAACCCAGACCAGCAACUGAGAGCGCAGGCUGUGUGCUCAGAGCUCGCGGGGCGGCGUCUUCCGGUCCCGUGAGGAUGGCAGAGACUCAGCGUGGGAAAGGGGGGCUCAGGUGGCCCGCUGGCUGGGGGAGCACGUCUGGCUUUCUCUGGUUGGUCCUUGCUUGCAGGAGGGGCCGCCUAGGGGGGCUGGCAGUUCUCAACCGCGUCCUGGCAACCUCGGGCUGCUGGCUUCGGGGUUCGGGGUUCGGGGUUCUCGCUCGGUUUCCUGAACUGGCUGCCGCAGGCCGUGGGCGGUCUCGCACCUUGUCUCUCAGCUCCGGGAACCCCAGUGCUCAAACCCAGGUCGAGAGCAAAUCCCGUCAGCCGUGAGCGACCAAGUCGCCUUUCGCUGCAGGUGAGGGAGCCAGCUUCCUCUUUGCCUCCGGACUCAAGGCCGUUGACAUGCUGCUGCCUCGUCGGCGACUUCUGCCGGAGGUAGUCAGGAGCCUGUGCCGAGAGCUCAUACGAGGAAGGCCGGGAUCCCGGGCUCGCAGGGUCUGUGUUCCGAGUGCAAAGCUCGGGAGGACCAGCAUCCUGCCACAGUGCUCAGUGUCUUCCAGAAACAUGUCUGCUCAUUAUACUGCCUACCUUUUGCUACUCUUGUCUGUUUUCAAAUUCUACUUACUCCCCACAAUAGCCAUCGUUCGUUUUGUGUACCCGGGGUCACUGUCUGCUGACCGUGCCUCCCUGCACAGAGACGCUCGGCUGCCCACGCUUUACCCAGGGUGUCACCGCCGUCCCCUUUUGUCCUCAUUCACGCCACCGCGGAGGGCACGACCACACAGGGUCCCAGCUUGGCAUAACGUCCUACCCCCAAGAGGCCACCACAGCGAAGCUUCGCCACCAGUGUCGGGCUGGGCAGACACGGGUACUCGGGAUGCAGCAGCUGCUCACGGGGACUGAGCCGUGGCUGUGUGUACACGUGGCCCUGCCAGCCCCCCUGCACGUUCCACCCCAGGCACACUGGCUUCCUGCUCCCCAAGCUCACCAGAUGCUCCUCUCUGUCGGGCGCCCAUCUGCUUGCUCGCUGCUCCUUUGCAGGGUUUCCCGACCGCUUCCCUCCAAGACAGCCCAACACACUGGCCGUCGCGUGUGGUUCCGGGCCCUGGAGCUGCUGACCGGGACGGUCCACGUUUGCUCCUGGCCACACUCCCAAGUUGUGAGUGCACAGAGCCCCCGUCCUGGAUCCGUCACCCGGACCCAGGGGGGGCUCCAGAACCUGCAGGUGCAGGGAGGGUGACCCCGGUCACCUGCGUCCAAGCGAGGGUGACCCUCAGGGUCCGACGUGGCCGAGGGUGAGCAGGGGCGCUGGGCUGUGUGCGGCCCGUGGUCCGUUCGGCUUUCCGCACGCUGGCGGGUAAAGAGCUCUGAGAUGCAGGGCCUCUGCGGGUCUGUGUGCAGCGACUGGUCUCCGUGUGUCCAAAAGGGCCCUUCUUUGGAAUCUUGUGGAUUUUUAAACACAAGAAACAGUUCAUCUUCUUGGUUCUCAGAAGCCGCGUGCUGGGUUUUCUGCAGCCAAGGUCCAGAUGCUGCUCUGCAGGGCCGGGCUCCCCACCUGCCGUCCUCCGGCCCCCGCCAGCAAGGGGUCCUCUAGCUCGUCCCCCUCUAGCUGGUCCCCCACCUAUGAUGGAGUAAAAUGGGAACUCCCUACUCACCUCAGAGAGGGAAGCACGUCUUAAGGCUCGAAAUACAGUGAAAGUUAAUUCACAAAGUAACAUACGAUUUUCCCUUCCAGAGGGUCUGACGGGACGCCGUCAGGGGAGCACACAAGGUGAACGUUCCCACAUGGCGCCUCGGCCCAGGCAAGGAAACCACUCCCGCUGAAGGACGCAGCAGAAGCACCUGCCGCUCGGCCCCCGUGCCCGUGCACGCCUGAGAGGGCAGCUGGCUCCCCGGCCCUGACCCCGUCGGUCUUGGCGCGGGGCCCCGACCCCAGCGCGGCCACCGCCUUCGCCUCCGGUGCGGGCGGCAGCUCCCGCGUCCAGCCCGCAGACGAGGCGCAGCCCCACGAAGCGCCGUGCACACCAGCCUCACUGAGGGGCCUGGGCUCUGGGGAAGACACACCUCGCCAAGGUGAGCAGGUGCACCGUAGUGCUUCCCCACAUCACCGGAGAACCCGAGAUCCGAGGACACACGCUCGCAGGGCUGUUCGCUGGGUUCCUGACUCCCGACUCGAGACUCUGCUGUGGGGGCGCAGCCGGGCUCAGGCAGGAUGCUUGGGUUGCCCACAACCGUGUGAGGGUAGGUGACCACGUGCAACGCCCACAAGCACCGGGCACGAUGGGGUGAGGCAGAGGCAAGGUUGGGCGCCCACCCCUUGGCCGUUUCCCUGGCCCGUCUAGGGUCGCUUGGGGCCACCCUCUGCCCGCCAGGCCCCCGCAUCAGCAUCACACACAGAGACACAGAACUGCUCAGAACACGAUUUUAUAGACGGGGUUCCCAUGGACGUGAGGGCAAAAGCACCAACAUCCCAGGGCACGUGAAAAGCCACCGCCGCCGUGGUGACGAACUUCAAGUCCCUUUGCGCCGUGUCCAGCUGUCCCGUGCUGUCAUCAGGCUCCUCCCCGCUGCCAGGCGGGCAGGGGGCCUCAGCGGGUGCCAGGCUGUUGGGGACACAGCACAGGGUCAGACCACCAGCACCACCCCUCUGGGCCCCCAUUUCCCCAGCCACCCAGGACCCUGAGGCCGACAUAACCCCAAGGCAGCGGGCAGAGGAUCCCUGUACUUUUCCACAAACGUCAUCCACUGUGUGUGAAAUUUUCCUGAUAAAAGCAUAUUUACUUGGGAAGCUGGCACUGCGCUUGGCCAGCUGAUUGCACCCCUCACGGAGCCCCCUGGUGCCCAACAGAAGAGUGGGCAGGGCCACCACACUGUGUGGCACCGGAGCAGAUGCAGGAAAUAACAAUGUGAUUCCAAGCCUGAAGGAGAAGAGACCGGAAAGCUGACAGGACACAGCGAGGAGAGGGGUCCCGCCUGGUGCCGCCCUCCCGCUCACUGCGUGCUCUCGCGGUCCCUGCUAGCAGAGUAGCAGCCGUACAAGUGGGGGCUGUGAAGCGAUAAACCCUUCAAAUCCAGGUGAGGCCAAGAGAAAGAAACAGAUCAAGCCAUAACCAAAGAUCAUAGAUGUAAACCCAAACCCAUAACCACACGUUAAAUACAAGGGGACAAAACUCCAAUUAAGAUACUCAACUGGAUUAAAUACAGAGAAGACCUAACUACCAUUUUUUUUUAAUUUUUUUUUUUAAUGUUUAUUUAUUUUU